AUGAACAGGUGGUUUGAUGUGAACGGAGAGUGUUGUGAGGUUUUCGUGGAGAAUGGUAUUCUUGUUGCGAAAGAGGAUGUUUGGAAGGUCUCCAUUUUUUCUCCUGUCAUCUUGCUUAACGGCGGUGCUUUUGGAAAGGUGAGCAUAUUGCCAGCGUUGUCCACCGUUGGUGGUGUCGUCCUGCUUAAGAUUUUUGUCAGUUGUUGGCUAUGUGAUGAGGAAUUUUGCUCCGAUGCGGUGGCAGAGGGCGUCGACCCUUCAAUGAAUGGUCUUCAUAUUUCACUCAUCAGAGCGGUGGUCAUUGUCGAGCCACCUUGUUGUGGUGAUUCACGGGCAAUCGUCGUUGUCUGCUGA